AUAUCCAUCUCAUCAACUCGCUCACCGAUCUUCAUUUUCAUCUCGACUGCACAAAGCCAAAACCCUAAUCACGAUCGAGUAACCAUGGGUGAUCAAUUGGCGAGGGCGGAGGAAUUCGAGAAGAAAGCUGAGAAGAAGCUCAAUGGCUGGGGCUUGUUCGGAUCCAAAUACGAAGACGCCGCCGAUCUCUUCGAUAAGGCGGCCAAUUCCUUCAAGCUUGCCAAAACCUGGGAUAAAGCUGGAUCAACUUAUGUGAAAUUGGCAAACUGUCAUUUGAAGUUGGAGAGCAAGCAUGAAGCUGCCCAAGCCUAUGUUGAUGCUGCUCAUUGCUACAAGAAAAUAAAUACAAGUGAGGCUGUAUCUUGUUUGCAGCAGGCAGUAAACAUGCUCUGUGAGAUUGGAAGGCUCAGCAUGGCUGCAAGAUACUUCAAGGAAAUUGCAGAACUCUAUGAGGCUGAGAAGAACCUUGAGCAGGCUAUUGACUACUAUGAAAAGGCAGCUGAUUUCUUCCAAAAUGAGGAAGUAAGUACUUCUGCAAACCAAUGCAAGCAGAAGGUAGCUCAAUUUGCUGCACAGCUGGAACAGUAUCAAAAAGCUAUUGAGAUAUAUGAAGAGAUAGCACGGCAGUCUCUUAAUAAUAACUUGCUGAAAUAUGGAGUUAAAGGACAUCUUCUUAAUGCUGGCAUUUGCCAACUUUGCAAAGGAGAUGUUGUUGCAAUUAACAAUGCAUUGGAGCGAUAUCAGGAACUGGAUCCAUCUUUUUCUGGAACAAGAGAAUACAGAUUAUUAGCUGAUAUUGCUUCGUCCAUAGAUGAAGAGGAUGUCGCAAAGUUUACAGAUGUUGUAAAGGAAUUUGAUAGCAUGACUCCUUUGGACCCAUGGAAGACAACUUUGUUGUUGAGGGUGAAGGAGAAGCUGAAAGCCAAAGAAAUGGAAGAAGAUGACCUUACCUAAAGUUUUCAUGUUUUUUGCAUUCCAGGGUCUUGAUUUUUAUGUUAAUGAAUUGCACUGUAUUGUGUCCUUGUCCAGUUAUACUCCUUUAUAACAUUCUCCUUUACUGGGUGUACUUUUGGUUGGCUUUUACGACCAGAGUUAUCAUGCUUGGGUUUGUGAACAUGAGUUUGUAAUUAAAACUAAAAGCUUGGCUCGAUU